AUACUGUACAGUGUAAGCGAGAAGGGAGGGCGGAGCAAUUGUAGUACGUCUGUUGCAUUUCCCCGUCGUGGCAGGCGACGAACAUGACCGGAGCACAUUUUUUAGGCACCUAGAGAAAUUCAGAUAACGAGCAUACAGUGACUUCGAUGGUAAAGAUAAAAAGAGACAAAAACUGAGACUGUGAUAAGCAAUACAUUGACAGCUCGUUUUGUUGCAGGGGUUGAAAUAGCGCUUGCCGUGUAGUGUAUUGAACUAGCUAGCUAGCGAGCUAGCGAAAUAUUAAAGCAAGCGCUGGUCACUGAGCCUGCUUGGACUUCUUAAUUUCUCUCUCAAAAGAGACAUAUUUAAAACUACAAAGACGUAAGCAUACGAUUCCUCCAGGGAAAUGUGAGCUGAGCGCAGGAGGACGGGGGCUUGUUUGGAGGGCAGGCGUGACCUCUCCUAGCCUUUCCCAGCGGCUCGGCCUCGCCUGUCCCGCGCUCGCCGGACGCCUGAAAAACGCGGAAAAGAGCCCGGCUACGCGGGCCCGGCUGCACGGCUCCCGUCCCCAUCCGGAGCCUCUGAGCUGUGAUGUCAGAGCCUGGCAGUUAACCUUGUGUCUGCGCAUUGCUGAGCAGUCUGACUGAGUGAGCGCGGGUCGUGAGGCAUGAUACUUAAUGUUUUUUUUUUUUCUCUCUCUCUCUCUACCCAGUCCUUCCCCCUCCUGUGACUGACCUUUCUCUCUUUUUUCAUGCUGUACCGUAGAUCUUUGAAAUACAUAACAGAUAAAUGCAGGGAACCGAUUUCUAGUGAGUUCAUUUUUUUUGUCACAAAUUUAUAUUUUUGAUUUCGAUGACAAAUUCUCGGCCGUUUUAAUGUGACGGCGUACGGAUGCGGCGGCACACGGCCUGCUGGGGAACACAGGGACUCCCGGGCAGAAAGGCGUGUCUUUAUUCUCCGCGGUCUGAUUCACGGCUUAUUUUCAAGUGCGUUUGCACAACAAAAGGGGGCUAUUUCGCCCUGCCUGGAAAGAAUAGCGGGGCAGGCUCGUUUCAUCCGUCUGGAAGAUGCCGCUGAGAGAUACAGGGCUGAUCCAAUUGAGGCAGUCUCUGUUGAGUCAUUGGCAGCCGCACAGGUGUCACAGGAACCGGCACCGUGGAUCUGACUUACUUACCCGACAACUUACGGCUGCUUGUUGUUAAUACUGAUCUUGCUCCUUUUUGCUGUCCCUGUGAAGAUGCAGAAAGUGGUGAUACCCUGAGACCGACCGCUCACCCCCCUGAGACAAGAGCAGUGGAGAUUUGCCGGGAGCUUGCCAAUGAAAGGGAGGGGGCUGGCUGUCCCAUCGAGACGAGGCCUGCUGAACGCAUUAAGGAGAGACGCAGCGCGGGUCGCCGGUUCAGUUUGAUUCUUUGAACAUCGCUUGGGUCACUUGGUGCCAGGACUGAAGUUAGCUCUCCGCCUGUCUGAUGUCAAGCGCGAAGGGUCGCUGAGGAGACCUGGACCGCAGCAAGCCUGUGAUGGCCGCGGACUGAGGCGCUGCGACCUGCGAAUGCCCAGUGCGCAUCCGAGGGUGGGGCCCGCCUCAGUCUCGCGUGAUUGGCUGCUGGAUGGAACUGAGGUGAAUGGAACACAUGCCCAAGGAGCAGGACCCUAACCUAUCAGAGGGAGAAGAGAAAAGGUGGCUUGAUGGUCCGAAAAGGAAGAGAAAGAAUAGCCAAUGUUCGGUGAAGAGCAUGUCUGUGCUCAGCCUCUCUGUUCCAGGGUACAUCCCCAGCUACCUGGAGAAGGAUGAGCCCUGCGUCGUGUGCGGAGACAAGGCCACCGGCUACCACUACCGCUGCAUCACCUGCGAGGGCUGCAAGGGGUUUUUCCGGCGCACCAUUCAGAAGAACCUCCACCCGUCCUACUCCUGUAAGUACGAUGGCUGCUGCAUCAUCGACAAGAUCACCCGCAACCAGUGCCAGCUGUGCCGCUUCAAGAAGUGCAUCUCCGUGGGCAUGGCCAUGGACUUGGUUCUGGAUGACAACAAGCGGGUGGCCAAGCGGCGCCUGAUCGAAGAGAACCGGGAGCGGAGGAAGAAGGAGGAGAUGGUGAAGACCCUGCAGAACCGGCCAGAGCCCAGCAGCUCGGAGUGGGAGCUGAUCCGCCUGGUGACGGAGGCGCACCGCCACACCAACGCCCAGGGCUCCCACUGGAAACAGAAGCGCAAGUUCCUGCCAGAGGACAUCGGCCAGUCCCCGGUGGCGCCCACGUCGGACGGGGACAAGGUGGACCUGGAGGCCUUCAGCGAGUUCACCAAGAUCAUCACCCCCGCCAUCACCCGCGUCGUCGACUUCGCCAAAAAACUGCCCAUGUUCUCCGAGCUGCCUUGUGAAGACCAGAUCAUCCUGCUGAAAGGCUGCUGCAUGGAGAUCAUGUCCCUGCGGGCGGCCGUGCGCUACGACCCCGAAAGCGAGACGCUCACCCUGAGCGGCGAGAUGGCCGUCAAGCGCGAGCAGCUGAAGAACGGCGGCCUGGGGGUGGUGUCCGACGCCAUCUUCGACCUGGGCAAGAGCCUGGCGCAGUUCAACCUGGACGACUCUGAGGUGGCGCUCCUUCAGGCUGUGCUGCUCAUGAGUUCAGAUCGCUCGGGGCUCACCUGCGUGGAGAAGAUCGAGAAGUGCCAGGAGACGUACCUGCUGGCGUUCGAACACUACAUCAACUACCGCAAGCACAACAUUCCUCACUUCUGGCCCAAGCUGCUGAUGAAGGUGACGGACCUGCGCAUGAUCGGGGCGUGCCACGCCAGCCGCUUCCUGCACAUGAAGGUGGAGUGCCCCACCGAACUCUUCCCCCCGCUCUUCCUCGAGGUCUUCGAGGACCAGGACGUCUGAGCACCCGCGGGCGCGGCCGGUGUUCGGCGGGC